AUGGCUCCCAUCGACGUGGAGAAGGCCAUUGAGGAGCUGACACUGGGAGAGAAGAUCGCUCUCACCGCGGGACGCGACUUUUGGCACACGGCCCCAAUCCCACGAUUAAAUAUCCCUUCACUGCGCAUGUCAGAUGGCCCAAAUGGCGUCCGAGGAACGCGAUUCUUCAACGGCGUGCCAGCCGCCUGUUUCCCAUGUGCCACCGCCUUGGGCGCAACCUGGGAUGUCGAGCUGUUGUCAGAAAUCGGUACUUUGAUGGGCGAUGAAGCGAUCGCCAAGGGCACACAUAUUGUUCUAGGUCCUACAAUCAACAUUCAGCGAUCACCGCUUGGCGGUCGCGGAUUCGAGUCAUUCUCGGAAGACGGUGUCCUCUCUGGUACUCUUGCGGGGCACCUCUGCAAGGGUAUGCAAGACAAAGGUGUCGCAGCAACAUUAAAGCACUUUGUCUGCAAUGAUCAGGAGCACGAGCGGAUGGCUGUUAACAGUAUCCUGACACAACGUGCGCUCCGCGAGAUCUACCUGCUUCCCUUCCAAUUGGCCAUGCGGAUCUGCCAGUCUGCGUGUAUCAUGACUGCUUACAACAAAGUCAACGGUACACAUGUCAGCGAAAACGAAUUUUUGAUCAAUGACGUUCUUCGGAAAGAAUGGGGAUGGGAUGGAUUGGUUAUGAGUGACUGGUUCGGUACAUAUAGUACAUCUGACGCGAUCAAUGCUGGCCUUGAUAUUGAGAUGCCGGGCAAGACACGCUGGCGUGGGGAGGCCCUUGCACAUGCCGUGUCCUCCAACAAGGUGGCCCCGUUCAAGCUGGAUGAGCGGGUGCGCAACAUCCUAAACUUGGUCAACUUUGUGGACCCAUUGGGAAUUCCCGAAGGUGCAGCUGAGAUCGCGCUAAAUAGGCCUCAAGACCAAGCAUUGAUGCGCCGUGCAGCGGCAGAGUCCGUGGUUUUAUUAAAGAAUGAAGGGGCCACCUUGCCAUUGAAAAAAGACGGAUCCCUGUUGGUCAUUGGACCUAACGCCAGACAGGCCUCCUACUGCGGCGGUGGCUCGGCUUCGCUGGCACCUUACUAUACCGUUUCGCCAUUUGAUGGAGUUUCAGCGAAAAGCAACGGAGACGUCAAGUUCGCCCAGGGUGUCUAUUCCCACAAGGAAUUGCCUCUCAUCGGCCCUCUACUGAAGACCGAAGACGGGAAGACCGGCUUCACCUUCAAGGUUUACAACGAGCAUCCAAGUGCCGGUACCCAGCGCACCGUCGUGGAUGAGCUACAGCUUCUGGCAUCACUUGGAUUCUUGAUGGAUUACGUUAAUCCCAAUAUCAAGUCUUUGACUUACUAUGUCGACAUGGAGGGCUACUUUACCCCCGAGGAAAGCGGAAUCUAUGACUUUGGUGUGACGGUUGUGGGCACAGGUCGCCUACUCAUUGACGGAGAGGUAGUGGUGGAUAACACCAAGAACCAAAAGCAAGGUUCUGCCUUCUUUGGCACCGCUACCAUCGAGGAACGUGGCGAGAAGGAGCUCAAAGCCGGUCAAACUUACAAGGUCCUGUUCGAGUUUGGCACCGCACCUACCUCUGACCUAGAUACUCACGGCAUUGUGACAUUCGGUGCUGGUGGUUUCCGAUUUGGAGCCAGUCGUCGCGUCACCCAGGAGGAUCUGAUCUCAUCAGCCGUCGAGCAGGCAAAGACGGCCGACCAAGUUGUCAUCUUCGCCGGUCUGACAAGCGAGUGGGAAACAGAGGGCUACGAUCGUGACCACAUGGAUCUACCGCCAGGCAGCGACGAGCUCAUUACCCGCGUCUUGGCAGCGAAUCCGAAUGCCGUUGUCGUAAUCCAGUCUGGCACACCUGUUACCAUGCCAUGGGCUAAUGACGCGCGUGCUAUCGUGCAAGCCUGGUUUGGCGGCAACGAGUGCGGCAACGGUAUUGCAGAUGUGCUCUACGGCGAUGUGAACCCCUCCGCCAAAUUGCCCGUCACCUUCCCGCGUCGUUUGCAAGACAAUCCCUCUUACGUGAACUUCCGCUCCGAGCGCGGCCGUGUUCUGUAUGGCGAGGAUAUCUACGUCGGAUACCGAUACUUUGAAAAGAGCGAGCUUGCCCCCGCAUUCCCCUUCGGCCACGGUCUAUCAUACACAACAUUUACCCGUUCGGACCUGAGCAUCAAGACCGUUCCUGAGGAAUCCAAAUUUGUCGAAUCUGGAGAACCCAUCACCGUUGCCGUCACCGUCACCAACACCGGCUCCGUUGCAGGUGCCGAGAUCGUCCAGCUUUGGAUUGUUCCCCCGAAGACAGAAGUAAACCGCCCGAUCCGCGAACUCAAGGCUUUCCAGAAGGUCUUCCUCCAGCCCGGCGAGUCUCAGACCGUCCAACUCGCAGUCGAGAAAAAGCUCGCAACGAGCUGGUGGGAUGAACAGCGUGAACAGUGGAUCUCCGAAAAGGGCGAGUACCAGGUCUUGAUGACCGGCACUGGCUCCGAGGAGCUCCGGGGUAAAUUUGAGGUUGGCAAGACCCGAUUCUGGCUCGGGCUGUAG